UGAGCCAGCCAAGGCGCAGACUCGCUCCCCGUGUUCCCUUUUCGUCCUCGUUCCUCUCUCCCGUCGCCGGUGCGCCCGCGGCCUGUCUCCCUCCCUCGGCGGAGCGUUCGGGAGGGGAUUGGGAUGGCCUCCCACCAUUCCGAGCCCCUCGACCCCGCCCCCGCCGCCGACGUCCCCGCAGAUAAUAGCCCAGAAUUGCCAUCCCCAUCCUAUCAUAUCGUCACCAAACCUGGUCAACUCCCAGUCGAGUUUCUUGAACCCUCAGCUGCCCAAAAGUUGGUAAUCGGAUUUGACUGUGAAGGUGUUGAUCUCUGUCGCAAUGGGGCUCUCUGUAUCAUGCAGCUUGCAUUUCCUGAUGCUGUUUACUUAGUUGAUGCUAUUGAGGGUGGAAAAGAACUCAUUCAAGCUUGUAAGCCCGCACUUGAGUCUGAUCAUAUCACCAAAGUUAUUCAUGAUUGUAAAAGAGACAGUGAGGCUUUGUAUUUUCAGUUUGGCAUCAAAUUGCAUAAUGUGAUGGAUACACAGAUUGCUUAUUCCCUGAUAGGAGAGCAGGAAGGAAAAAAGAGAACAUCUGAUGAUUACAUUUCUUUUGUCAGCCUUCUUGCUGAUCCUCGGUACUGUGGCAUACCAUAUCCUGAAAAGGAAGAAGUCCGUACCCUUCUAAGGCAGGACCCGAACUUUUGGAAAAUUAGGCCCUUGUCUGAUAUGAUGGUUCGAGCAGCCACGGAUGAUGUCCGCUUCCUUCUCAAUAUCCAUGAGAAAAUGAUGGAGAAGUUAAGCAAAGUAUCUUUAUGGCGUCUGGCAGUUCGCAGUGAGCUAUACUGUAGGUGCUUUUGCUUAAACGACAACCAGUUUGCAGAUUGGCCACUUCUUCCUCCAGUCCCUGAUGACAUUGAAGCUGAUGUUUAUGUUCCUGAAGUGGAUAUCCUAUCAGUCUUAGAUGUGCCUCCUGGGAAAAUGGGACGGGUUAUUGGCAGAAAGGGAUCGACGAUAAUGUCUGUCAAAGAAUCUUGCAACGUUGAAAUUCAUAUUGGUGGUGCUAAGGGACCUCCAGACAGGGUGUUCAUCAUUGGACCAGUGAAGGAAGUCAGAAAGGCUGAGGCCAUCCUCAGGGGCCGAAUGCUGGAGUUCUGAGAUGCUACCCCUCUGUGACCCAGGUUUCAACUGCCUUAUCUUUUGAAUGAACACAAAAGGGGGGUAUACAAAAAGUGUAUGGCGGUACCGUGAGUGUUGUGGAUCUCUUGAUCGUCCGUGACAUGAAUCACCGAAACAAAACAAAAUAAAGUCAACUUGGCUGAUGUUAGUGUUCC